AUGGCUCGCUGCUGUCUUGUCUUCACCUCCCGGAGAUGGGUAGAUGGCGAUCCAGUCUCAAUGCCAUCGCCAUCUCACAACCAUAUUCCACACCACCCAUUGGCACAACGACCAGCUAUCUCCACCACACUCUCGGCAUUAAUCAUACAGCAUAACAACAAGCCAUCUACAACCAUGUCUACAGCCCCAGGAGAAUGGCAGAAGCACUUCUGUGCCUGCUGCUGCGGCGGAACCUGCUCGUCCUGCCUUGUCAUCCACUUCUGCCCCUGUUACAUGCACGGAAAGAACUACGCGCGCCUCGAAGAAUACCCCGACGUUCACCACGGCCACGUCAAGACUUUCAACGGACCUUGCCUGGUGUAUUGUCUGACGGGCACCAUAUUGGGACCACUAAAAUUCAUUCUCACCAUGAUGCAAAGAAGCGAUGCAAGAGAUGAGCUCAAUAUCCGGGGAAAUGGAUGUGCAGAUUGUUGCGUGGCUUUUUACUGCGAGCCCUGUGCCAUGGCACAGAUGGACACGGAGCUCAACAGACGCGCGCCCACAACGCCAGUCGGAGCAUUGCCUUACGUCUCGGCAGUACCCUAUGCACAGCAACCGCCGGAGAUGGUCUACGCUCCACAGCCAUCGGGCGUACUCGCACCGCCAUACGGAACCGCACAAGCACCGCAGCCACUACCCGCGCCACAACCUGUCUAUCAACCCAUGACACACCCCUGA